AUGUCGUCCGAAACCGCCGUCUCGCCGCAGCCGCUGUCCUCCAGCCCACCAACCGCCGCCGUCUCCGCCCAUUCCGGCCCCGCUCCCCCGGCCGACGAGCCGGAAGCUCCAGCCCCUCCCCAACCCCCGCCGCACCAUGCCUCGCCGUUGCCAGCCCCCUCCGUGUCCGACGAGACGGACGCCCCGACCCGUCCCCAACCCCUGCCGCGCCACCCCAUCGCGUCCUCCUCCUCCCCAUCCACCGCGGCCGGCGAGACGCAGGGCCCAGUACACCCCCCGCCCCAACCCCAGAUGCACCAACCGGCGUCGCCGUCCCCUUCCUCGGCGGAGCCGCAAACCCCUGUCCAGCCCCAACCGAACCAUUCGUCGCCGCCUCUCUCGGGGGACGACGACGAUGAAGACGUGGUCAUCACCGGCGCGUUAUCUGGGGCGGGCGGCGCGGCUUCGUCCGCGGCCGAUGAGCGAGUGAAGGGGCCGUGGUCGCCCGAGGAGGACGCGGUGCUGACCAAUCUGGUGAUGAGGGACGGGGCGCGGAACUGGACGAUGAUUGCGCGCGGGAUCCCCGGGCGCUCCGGCAAGUCCUGCCGCCUCCGCUGGUGCAACCAGCUCGAUCCUCAACUCAAGCGCAAGCCAUUCACUGAGGAGGAGGACCAGAUGAUAAUAUCUGCUCAUGCAAUUCAUGGGAACAAGUGGGCAUCUAUCGCGAAACUAUUGGUUGGGAGAACCGACAAUGCAAUCAAGAACCACUGGAAUUCUACUCUGAGGCGUCGGUACUGCACCGGUACCCGAUGCACACGAAGUGCUUCUGCGGAGCAACCUAUGAGAGAGAUGUCCAGGGCAGUUUCAGAAGAACGGUGGCCAUUGUCCGGUCCUAGUUCCUUCAGUGUUAUGGAAGUAAAGGAAGCUCCUGUGCAAACAGUAUCUGAAAGCUCAGCUGGGGCAUUGCAAAUCAGAGAUAUUAACAAUUGUAGCACUGAAGCUGUUGAUCGAUCCUACCCGGUGCGACCAGUGGCUACGGUUGGUGCUUUCAGACCAUACAGUCUAGGACCUGUUCAACAGAUGCAAAUGGAAAUGUCGAGCUCUACCAAGUUUGUUCCAACCAUUCAGGCUUUGACGCCUGAAAUUGCGGUCUCCAAGUUUGCUGAUACUACAUGCUUUGCUGCUGAUGUGCCAAACAAAUGUGGCCAUGGUUGCUGCAGCGCUGAAGAGCAACCUCGUAACAACUCAUUGUUGGGACCUGAGUUUAAAGAGUUUAUAGACCAUCCUCCAAUUUUGAGCAGUAGUUUUGCUUCGUUGGUAUCUGAAAUCAGCAGCAUUGCCUGGAUGAACGGUGGUCUGCAAAGCAGUAACUCUGGCAACUUAGUGCAGUCUAAUCCUCCAGCGCCUGACAAAUUAGGAAUCGUGUGAGUUGGAAUACUGAAAAAUUGGAGUUGUUACUUUUGGACAUAAUGAAGUCAACCAUGAUUAUAAUCUUCCCGAGGUGCGUGCUCCAUAGAUUCCAAGGUCUUCAAAUCAGGCGUGGAUGUUGUUGCUCAAGGCGGAGAAAAGUGCUGUGCUCCCUGCUCCUUGGAUCAUACUUUAGUACAGUCGUUUCAUCAUUAAAGUUGCCCCUAACCUGACGCUUGUCACCAGCUGGCCGGUUCCCCGGGACCCUACUUGUCUCAAUUAUAUGAUGCAUGGCUCACUGAAUUGGUGAUAUAAAGAUUCUGUACCUCGUGGGGGCAGCCAUAGAUGCUGAUGGGAUGCGAUUCGGUGCAUCCUAAUAUCCUGUGAGGCUCACAGCUUAUUACUAGGAUUCAGAUUUGUUGGAUUGGGUUCUGCUCUUGCCAGCCUUGCUGAUUCGACGGUGGCUCGCAUGUCCAAUUUCUUAAUUGCAGGACUGGAUUUUUUUUUCUGUAUAUUUGUUGAGAGAACGCUUGAACUCUUUGAAACUGUAAAAAGAGCUUCACCGCUCAUAUUUUUCUC